AUGAUUAAUGGCUCUGAUGCACAUCUCGUACGGAGCAGUCCACAGGGCUUGGGUCCUCGUCUUCUGGAACCCCUUGUGUCGGAGCUGCGCUUCUCCAACACGACGGGGGCAUCGCUCAACUGCGCUGUCGUGGGUCAGCCUCCACCGAGGGUCACGUGGUUGCGCGAGGGUGUCGAAGUGGAGCCGCUUCAAGGACUCUUGCUCUUCCUUCCCAACGGCACGCUGCGGUUCCCGCCCUUCGCAGCGUCGCAAUUUCGCCAGGAAGUGCACGGUGCCACAUACCGGUGCAGAGCGGAAAACAUAUUCGGGGCCAUCCUGAGCACGGAAGUACGCGUGCGAGCAGUUGUGGAUCAAUACUACGAAGUGCAAGUGUACGACGAGUUCACCAUCGCCGGAAACACAGCCGUCCUUCGAUGUCACGUGCCAUCCUUCGUGCGUGAUGACGUAAUGGUCGUUUCAUGGGAGAAGAAGACUGCCGACAAGACCGACGUCGUUGUCAAUGGUGGUCGGAUGAGUGCGUUUCCCAGCGGGGAGUUGCAAGUGCGCCAAGUUCAACAGACCGACGGCACUACCGAGUUUCGCUGUCGUACGUGGCACCGACUAAACGGAGAGACCAAGCACAGUUCAUACGGCAGGCUUGUCGUGACAGACCUGAAAGUGAACGUGCCACCGCGCAUUACAAACGUGAGAUCUUCUGUCGUCGCAAAUGAAGGUGACUCCGUCGAACUGCCUUGCGCCGCCCAGGGAUACCCUCCGCCCACAUACUUAUGGGAGAGACUGACUACGGCAGACAAUGCGAGCCCGCUCAAUCCCGUCGUCAGUGGAAGCUCGAGGUACGAGCCGACCGAAGGAUCGCUGUUGAUCCGCAAGGUAGACCCGCAGGAUGCCGGAAAAUACCUGUGCCUGGCCACCAAUGCGGUGGGCGAGGAACGGGCCACCAUCACGCUCGACGUGCGAUCUCCCGUGGACGCGCGCCUAGUACCCGAAGUGCUCACAGCUCAUGUUGGCCAGCCGGCAUCCCUGCGUUGCGUGUCGGCGGGCCGACCCCCACCCCUGAUCAGAUGGUUCAAGGACGCUCAGGAGCUGCUGGACGAUGGGGUGCGCGUUCGUCUGCUCGAUGAACGGCACCUCAUGCAACUGGCCACUGUGUCCACCCAGGACGGCGGCAUAUACCAGUGUCUGGCCUACAACGCUCUUGCACAGGCGCAGGCAUCGGCGCAGCUCAUCCUUGGAGACACCGCGCCAGUUCUAUUGGAAUCGCCCAAGGAUUUCAAAGUGAAGCCCGGUGAUUCGUUGCUCCUCAAGUGUGAAGCCACGGGUUCCCCAGCACCGAAGAUAACGUGGAGCGUUGAUGGCAUUCCUGCUCGCCACAUGAAAUCCAGCAGGGUCAACAUCAGCGAAGCUUCUCACGGGGACAACCACCUGGCGAGUUACGUGAACAUUUCUCGCGUCCGAACCAACGAGGCUGGCGUGUGGCGAUGCGUAGCCGUCAACUCGGCCGGCGUGGCAGAGGCGACUGCGCGCGUGGCCGUGAGGGGACCACCCGCAGUGCGUCCCUUCGAAUCCAACCGCACCGCAGUGGCCACCGAAACGCUGGAGAUGCACUGCGCGCUGCUCACCUACCCAAUUAGAUCUGUUCACUGGGAAAAAGACGGGCGUAAGGUACCCUUCCACCACCGUCAGAAGGUGUUUGCCAACGGCACCCUGCUGGUUCUGGCCACCACUGUCCAGGAUGCAGGAAAGUACACCUGCGUGGCGACGAACGACGAAGGACAGAAAGCCAGUGCCAGCCUGCACGUCGCCGUUAAAGUGCCUCCGCUGAUCGAGCGAUUCGCCUUCGACGAGAACCUGCACGAAGGCAUGCGCACUCGAGUCUACUGCAACAUCGCUCGCGGCGACCCGCCGGUCCGCAUCACGUGGCUGCGAGACGGACAGCCCAUCAAGUCCGGUCCCGACAUCGAGGUCCGCGUGCUCGACCCUUUCUCGGUGGCGUUGGCCAUCGACAGCCUCAGUCCGAGCCACGACGGCAGCUACACGUGCGUAGCUUCAAACAACGCGGCCACGGUCAACUACACGGCGCCGCUGAGGGUGCACGUGCCUCCGCAUUGGAUCAAAGAGCCAGCAGAAACUUCAGCCGUUGAGGGACACAGUGCGAGCAUGGACUGCGUUGCCGAUGGCCACCCAACACCGAGGGUCACGUGGCACAGAGGAGUCGAACCACAGGUCUCAGGUGGUGUGCCGGCGCGACCGGUGUCCGUUCCGUCGUCCCAGUUCUGGCACGAGACCCGCGGCUUGCGCACAGGUCAGCGCUACGAGUUCUGGGUGACCGCGUCCACGGGCGCUGGUGAGGGACCGGCCACGCGCAUCGUCACCCAGAGUCCGGCCGUACGAGCUCCUGCGCGCAUUGCGUCCUUCAGCCGGGAGGUAAGCGUUGCCUUGAAGCAAGACCUGGAGCUUCCCUGCAGGACAGCAGGACAGCCUACUCCAGGAAGGGAGUGGCGGACAAGUUCCGGUCCCCUGCGGGAGAGCGACCGCGUUCGCGUGCUGCCCUCGGGCACCCUGCACAUCGAGGCAGCCGAGACAGGUGACGCCACCAACUACACCUGCUACGCGCACAACCUGUACGGUAGGGACGCUGUCCACUACACUGUCCGAGUGCACGUGAACAUAUCGCAGAAAUCACCUCGGAGACCUGCCUCCGUGAGCGUGCUGUCGACAACGUCAAAUAGUAUCACGCUGGGAUGGCUCAACAGAAACACCGCCAAGGGAGCGCACGUGCCCAAGGUCAAAGAAAACGGGUCGAGACCGCGGCAAAACGCUGAUCCAAGCCUCACAGCCCGCGAGAAGGAACCGUACAGGCAGGUCUCAGGUGGUGUGCCGGCGCGACCGGUGUCCGUUCCGUCGUCCCAGUUCUGGCACGAGACCCGCGGCUUGCGCACGGGUCAGCGCUACGAGUUCUGGGUGACCGCGUCCACGGGCGCCGGUGAGGGACCGGCUACGCGCAUCGUCACCCAGAGUCCGGCCGUACGAGCUCCUGCGCGCAUUGCGUCCUUCAGCCGGGAGGUAAGCGUUGCCUUGAAGCAAGACCUGGAGCUUCCCUGCAGGACAGCAGGACAGCCUACUCCAGGGAGGGAGUGGCGGACAAGGUCGUUUGAGCGAGACACCUGGUCUCAGAGGCUACUUACGGUUCUACCCUGCGAGGCGGCGGAGGUUAUUGCGCGACUCAGCAAGGAGGACGCGGACGACUACGAGAAGGUCAAGGCUUGCCUUCUGCGAAAAUGCAAUGAGACGGGUCACAUAGCGGUGAACUGCAAAAAAGAAAGGGUGGCGUUUUCGUAUGUCAGUGACUGCGAAGAAAACAUGAGGUUAUUAGAGCCUUACAUGCAUGACCUGGUUGUGAAUGGGAGGCCAUGCAAAGUGCUGCGCGACUCGGCGGCAACGAUGGAUGUUGUCCACCCGUCGUAUGUGUCAUCAUCCGACUACACGGGACAAUGCUCGUGGAUCCGCCAGGUGGUGGAAGAGCAGAGCGUAUGCUUGCCCAUUGCAACGGUGGUCAUUGAGGGCCCUUUCGAACCGACGAACGUAGUCUGGGAUGAAAAGAAGGAAGCCGCCUUCUUAAGCCUGAAGGCGGUACUGAUUGGCCGUCCGGUUUUGCGAGCUCCCGAUUACGACCGAGAGUUCACGGUCCAGUGUGAUGCGAGUGAUCGAGGCCUAGGUGCUGUUCUAUGUCAGAAGGACGACGAGGUGAACAUAUCGCAGAAAUCACCUCGGAGACCUGCCUCCGUGAGCGUGCUGUCGACAACGUCAAAUAGUAUCACGCUGGGAUGGCUCAACAGAAACACCGCCAAGGGAGCGCACGUGCCCAAGGUCAAAGAGUACGAGGUGCACUACAAGAGGCAGCAGGGUUCCUGGGACUUGGUGCACGUGACUCCUCCGCAGCCAAAGUCCAGCGGCAAUGCUGGAGCGAGAGGCACACCUUCGCCGUCCAGGCUGGCCUCGGCCACUCGUGUCAACGGCAGCUGGUUGGCCCACGAGCUGACCGGCCUGUCGUGCGGCACGCAGUACCACAUCUACGUCGUGGCCGUGGCCGACAGAGGUCGCAGCGAGCCCAGUGACACCGUGUUCGCAAGGACGAAAGGAGGAGUACCCACAUCGCCCAAGCGGGAGGCUUUCGUGACGCCCAACGCCAGCUCGUUGACCCUCCGUCCAUCCUCCUGGGCGUCCGGUCCAUCCGGCUGCCCCGUGUCGCACCUGGCCGUCGAGUACAGACCGCGCGAUGGCACGGGACCCUGGACAGUGGCUUCGCGUGCCCUGCAGCCUCGCGAGGGUCCCAUGACACUGCACCACCUACGGCCAGACACUUGGUACAACUUGCGUGUCACGGCGCACACUGAGGCCGGCACAACCUCCGCCGAGUACGCCAUCCGGACGCUGCCGGCUUCGGCAACGCGCUCGGGCACUGUACUCCCCGAGUUGAUGGUCGUGAAUGGCGGCGGUGGCGCGGACGGCGAGCUGCCACUGUUGGUGCCCAUCGCUACUUCGCUCAGCUUAGCCCUGGCCGCCGCCUCCAUCGUGUUGGCCUACGUGUGCUGCAGAAGGCGCGCAGAGCCAACAUUCGCCAAGGAUCACGGGUAA